AUGGGAUUUCUAAACUUAUUAUUAAAUCUCACAACACUUGUCAAUUUACAUAUAAUACUGAUCACAAACAGCGUUUUUUGUACCAACAAAACGGAUAAUUUAAAAAUUAUCCGUUUACCCAAUAAUACAGUACCAUUAUUCUAUAACAUUUCUCUGUUAAUGAAUCUUGAAGAAGAGAACUUUACUUUUCACGGUGAAUCCAAUAUAGAAAUUGAGAUUCGUUAUGCAUCGUUAAAUAAUAUAAGCUUGCAUUCAAAAGAAUUAGAAUUAAAUGAAAUGGCGACAAAGUUAAUUAAUGUCAACGGUACAGUUUAUAAACCAACAGAACAUUCCCAUGACAAUAAAACGGAUAUCUUGACACUCAAUUUCAAAAAUGCAUUGUCACCCGGCUUUUACACUCUUAACAUGAAAUUUGCCGGUAUUAUAAAUGAGAAUAAUAUUUCCGAAAGUGGUUUUAUAAUGUUUCCAUAUACAAAUAAAGGAAAAAAUAAUACAUUGGUUGCAUCGUAUUCGGAGCCGAAAGGAGCUAGACGAAUGUUUCCGUGUUGGGACGAACCCGCGUUAAAAGCCAUCUUUAACAUUUCUAUAAUGCAUCAUGUGAAAUAUCUGGCAUUGUCAAAUAUGCCUCUAGUACAAAGGGAAUUUUUUGAAAAUGAUAUGACCUGUACGUACUUCAACAUUUCUCCAAUAAUGUCCACUUACCUUGUAGAGAUUAUCGUAUUCCCCAUGAUUGAUUUUCACCAUCUUUCCAACGAGAAAGAAACCAUCAAUGUGUGGUGCAGAUCGUCUUUGAUAUCGCAAAUGACAUUUAUGUUUAAUAUCACUGAAAUGGUUACGCCAUUCUUGAUCCAAUACAUCAAUAAUUCCGAAAAGGUACCGAAAAUGGAUCACUUCAUCAUACCAAAUUUUCCGGUUAAGGACAUGGAACACUGGGGACUCAUCACUUACAA